AUGGACCACCUGCCCACGUGGAUAACAGCGGGGAAGGAAGCAGACGGUGCCCGCUGCGUGGACGACUCGGAGGGUUCUGAAGGCGGUGGACGGCAGCCCGCCGCGGACGGCGGAGAGGCUGCGGAGGCGGCGUCGUCGGCGCAGGACCGCGGCGGCGGAGCGGGGGCGGGCGCCGGCGCCGGGGGCUCGCUGAGCGCCGCCGAGGAGCGCGACCGCGUGGGCGGCGACCAGCUGGCGCUGGAGGCGGGGCCGGGAGCGGGGGCGGCUCACAAGCUGUACGCGGCCGCACCGGUGCCCGACGCUGCUUGGCCGGCACCCAUGCCUGACAUGCCCAAGAUCAUCUCACUCGACGUCAAGUGCGAGCGCGACCUCAUGAAGGUGUACCUGGGCUUCGACAAGCCGUUCUACGGCAUCGUGUUCAGCAAGGGCCACUACAGCAACGUGAACUGCGUGCACCUGCCCGCCGGCCUGGGCCGCAAGGCGGCCACCUUCGACAUCAGCAUCCACUCGUGCGGCACCGCCGGCAACUCCGAGAACGGCCUCUACGGCUACGGCGCAGACUCCGGCUCCGGCACCUACUUCGAGAACAUCAUCGUCGUCCAGUACGACCCGCAGGUGCAGGAGGUGUGGGACCAGGCGAGGAAGCUGCGCUGCACGUGGCACGACCAGUACGAGAAGUCCGUCACGUUCCGGCCCUUCCCCGUCGACAUGCUCGACGUCGUCAGGGCUGACUUCGCGGGAGACAACGUCGGCUGCUGGAUGCAGAUACAGGUGGGCAAAGGACCGUGGGCCUCCGAGGUGUCUGGGCUGGUGAAGAUCGGCCAGACGAUGACGAUGGUACUGGCCAUCAAGGACGACGACUCGAAGUUCGACAUGCUGGUGAGGAACUGCAUGGCGCACGACGGCAAGCGCGCGCCCAUCCAGCUGGUGGACCAGAAGGGCUGCGUCACCAGGCCCAAACUCAUGUCGCGCUUCACCAAGAUCAAGAACUUCGGCGCCAGCGCCUCCGUCCUCUCGUACGCGCACUUCCAGGCCUUCAAGUUCCCCGACUCGAUGGAGGUGCAUUUCCAGUGCACCAUCCAGAUCUGCCGCAACCAGUGCCCUGACCAGUGUUCCGAGGCGCCGCCGCUGGCGCUCUACGGGGCCGACACAAUCUACGGCCCGCCGCCGCAGCCCCUGGAGGCGUACCUGAACGCCGCGGGCGCGGCGCGGCCCCGCGACGAGCGUCGCGUGCGCCGGCAGCGGCGGGAGGUGCCGCCCCACGACGCGCGCCGCCAGCAGGACGCCUCCGGCUCGACGCCACCGCCGGAGAAGUCGGUGGGCGUGAACCGCGUCAUCCGCGUCGUGUCGACCGGCGACCUGACGUUCCCGCUGGACGAGGCGGCGGCGCGCCAGCAGGCCAUCCCCGUGGCCGAGGGCUCGACGGCGGGGGCAGGGGCGGGCCCAGACAGCGAGCCGGCGCCGCACCACCUCAUCUGCAUGACGACGCCCGGCUUCGCGGCGACGCUGGUGGUGCUGCUGGCCGUGCUGCUGGCGUCGUGCCUGGCGUCGGCGCUGCUGUGCGUGCGCCUGCGC